AGAUUUGUGGAGGUGAAUUUAUAUUCGAUCAAAGAUAUAUUAGAGAAAAUUGUAAUGUAUUUUGUGUCGAGGAUAAUAACGAAUUAAUAGCUGCUAAUUAAGAAUUAAAUAUUCUUUGUCUUCACAGUAAAUCAUGUUCAAUAAAUCAGUAGCUAUCAGUAGUUCGAACUAGGGAGCACUGCGGUACUACUCUAUUACAGACUUCACUGUUUAUAGUUUAUGUUAUCACGUGUAAAGAAGUAAGGUUACUUCGCGUGCAUUAAAUAAACAUGACUCGAUAUGCAAGAAGUACAGGAUCAAAAGCAUCGAAUGAAAGAACUCCUAAUGAAGCCACACCGUGGCACAUAUUGAAACAGCAACUAAAUGAGAAAUUAUCUAAACUAGGCCAUACAAAAAAGCCUAAAUCAGCAAAAGAGCUGUUGCAAGACAAAGAUUUAUUUUAUUUUGAUGUGGGCAAUGUUAAUAAUGAUUGGGCAAAAUUUGAAGAAAAAACAGUAAAAAGUAAAUAUCCAGUAACAAAAAAGAGUAACAAAUUGAAGGAAACGUCUUUGGACAAAGCUGUUAAUUCUAAUGAAAAUAAAAAGGAUGGAGAUAAAGGUAAUUUUCAAAAAAAGUUAUCUAAGAAAAGAAAUAUUGACGAAAUUAAUACUUCGACAAUAGACGUAAAAAUUAAAAAACGCAAAAAAGAUUUAUUGCCCAAGUUAAAUAAUAACGUGGAAGAGGAAGAUUUUGCUGACAAAAAUAACAUAAAACAGAAUAAAAUAAUUGAAAAACGCUCUAAAUUGAAUAAGAAAAAGAAACAGAAUAAGCAGAAUGAUCACAAGUUUUUAGAAACGUCACAAACUAAUAAUACUGAAGGAAAUAUAUCAAAUGCUGAGUCUAAUUCAAGUGUAACAGAGGGGAAAAAAGGUAUGUUAUUUAAACAUAGUAUGAAACAACAGAGGAAAGCUAACGUGCAUCCUAGAAAUAAUAAUAGAAAAAUGAAUAAAAAUAAUGAAAACAGUUACAAAUUUGGUGGACAAAAAACUGAUUGGAAAAAGUUUGAAAAUAAUAAAAAGAAUAAUAGAAAACCUCCAAAAAUUCGAGAUGAUAAGGAACACAAACGACGAAAAGAAGCUAUUGGUUCAACAAAAUUAACGAUUAAUGGUAUAGAAAUAGAACUUGCGCAAUAUGAUGGUUUUCCAGUUAAAAAAGAAGAUGCAGACAGAUUACGUGAAUUAAAACAAAAAAUGAUUAUGAAAGGUAUUCCCAGAGAUGAAGUAAAUAUUGCAAUAAAAUUGGAAAGAAGGAGAGCUGAGAAAGCAUUAGCAAGAAUCAGAAAAUGCGUUUGUUUCCAUUGUCGCAAAGGAGGACACAAUUUAUCUGAUUGUCCUGAACUUGGAUCUGAGCAAGCAAGUACUGGCAUUUGUUACAAAUGUGGGUCAACAGAACAUACAUAUUUUGAAUGCAAAGUGGCUAAACGAACAGAAUUCAGAUAUGCAACAUGUUUCAUUUGCCGAGAACAAGGACAUAUUUCUAAACAAUGUCCUGAUAAUCCUAAAGGUAUUUACCCUCAGGGUGGAAGUUGCAACUUAUGUGGUGAUGUAACACAUUUAAAAAAGGAUUGUCCAGACUUAAUUAAAGAGAAGGAAGAAACUACAAUUACAUUAAAUACAAUCGCAGAUGAUAACAUAGAAAAUUUAGAAGGGAGUACAAAAAGAGUCCAAACAGUGGAGAAUAAAAAACCUAAGAAAGUAGUAAAAUUUUAGACUUAUAUAACGCGUGAAAUGUGUCCGAUACGUAUGAAUUGCUUGUUUACAAUGUAAACACAAGAUUUAUUGAAAGGUACAUGUAUUUAACAUGUAUAUACACAUACAUUUCCUUCAUUAAUACAUUUUAAUGUUACUAAACCACCAUCUCCAAAAAUCUGAUAUCAAACGAGAAUUUUAUUGUUUAUUUACAUUUAGCGUAGCUUUAUAAAUCACUUAAAACUUUUUUAUAUAUUAAUUGUGAAAUUCUAGUACAGGAAUAAAUUAUUUAUUUAACCUUGUGAUAUCAGAUUUUUUUUCUAUGUACAGAAGACAAAUUACAAAGCUAUGUUUAAAAACAGUAUGAAUAUUAUCUGUACAUAGCAGCAGUUUCUUAUACAUAUAAAUCGGUAGCUUUUGCAAAAUCGUUUAGGAGUCACAUAAACUUUAUAUUUUUCUUGACUAACUUGCCAUUCGAAUGGCAUGCAAUAAGCAAUUAAUAUUUCUCCAUUGAAAGAAUUUUCCUUUUGUAUAUACGAAUUUUAAUACAGUACUGCAGAAUUACAAAUUCUUUCAUAAUUUUUAUCAUGUUAUUAUGUUACGAAUUUGUAUAUACAUAUAUGUAAUCUGUACAAUUUGUAUACUUAAAAUAAACUUUGAAGUACGAAUUCUAAGAAUAUAUAACAUAUAUUUAUA